AUGGAGACGACGAUUGGAGCCGCUUUUUUCGCUAAGUCCGUCGAAGUCGACGGAAAUUCGGUGAAGUUCGAAAUCUGGGACACGGCCGGCCAAGAGCGCUUCGCCUCGCUGGCCCCGAUGUACUACCGCGGGGCCGCUGCAGCGGUGGUCGUUUUUGACCAGACCAGUGGUCCAUCGUUUGGCCGUGCGCAGCAGUGGGUGCAGCAGCUGCGGCUCAGCAGCAACGCGGGGGUGGUGAUAGCUUUGGCAGCAAACAAGGCCGAUCUGCUGCAGCAGCAGCAGGUGGAUGCUGCAGCAGCAAGGCAGUUUGCUGCCGAUAAUGGACUUCUUUUCCUCGAAACUUCCGCGAAAACUGGACAAAAUGUCCUCCAACUCUUCCAGAUGAUCGCCCGCAGACUCCUCCAGCAGCAGCAGCAGCAGCAGCAGCAGCAGCAGCAGCCACAGGGCCUCCACACCGUCCAGCUCACGGCGGACCCGGGGGGGCCCCCGGGGGGCCCCCUCGCCACCAAGCUGGGCUGCUGCGGCUCCGCUUGA